AUGCAGGCGAAAACGAAGCGUCUGCUCCACGACGGCAACGGCGGGACUGGAGACAGGCGGGGCCCCGUCAGGAGCUCCACCUCCUUCGUGGCCGAGGCCCCUGGACUGCGCGCUGUGGGGAUGACUGGGGGGUGUCCUCGUGCUUUGUUGCUGUUCGCAGCGUUUGCUGCUGCUUCUGUUGCUGCAGCAGAUGCUGCUGCUCCCUAUCCUGCGCCGCGUGACUACGGCGACCUGCCUGGCAGACAAUCCCGGCUGUACGGGGCCCCCACCGUGGGGGCCCCCUCAUAUUCCCCAUCAAGUGUGGGGCCCCCUGGCACAUGGAGGGAAGGAGUCAACCAAGAGAACGGUGUGCGUGGUAUGCAUGUAGCACUGGAGGGAGAGGGUGCGCAUGGGGACGGUGAAAAGGAGAGAGAGGCAUUGGGGGCCUCUGGCGUAUCUUCCUCUCGCCGCAGGGGUGGGUCCGCAUCUAGGGAUCGUGUUCGUGGGUUUCAGCAUCAGGCGUAUCUUCCUCUCGCCGCAGGGGUGGGUCCGCAUCUAGGGAUCGUGUUCGUGGGUUUCAGCAUCAGGGGUGGGGAGGAGGAUCCCAGCAAGCAAAGCCAGUGA